AUGUCUGGCUUCAGCAAUGCGGAUACCGGCUCCAAGACUGCCGACCCCUACACUCAGAAGAACCUCGAGGAGCCUUCUCUGAAGGAGAAGGUUGAGGAUCUGUUCAGCUUCGUCGACAAGACCAAGUUCUGCCUCUUGACCACACAAGUUGCUGACAGCGAUCUUUUGGCUUCGAGAGCAAUGGCACUUGCUGCCAAGGAAGGACACGGCUUCGAUCUCCUCUUCCACACCAACACUGAGUCUGGCAAGACAGAUGACCUGAAAGAACACGCGUCGGUCAACAUUGGCUUCAUCAACAACUCCGGAGAAUGGGCUUCCAUCUCUGGCCAUGCAACCAUUGAGACUGAUCGCGAGGUUGUCCGCAAGCACUACUCGCCAGCGCUCAAGGCCUGGAUCGGCGACCUCGGCGACGGCAAGCAUGACGGCGGUCCAGAAGACCCACGCAUUGGCAUCAUCCGUGUCAAGGCCAGCACUGCUCAAUACGCCAUAUCCAAGAAGACCCAAGUCGGCGGGCUUAUUGAGCUGGCCAAGGGUAUCGCGAGCGGCGAGUCACCAAACGUGAACAAGCUGAGGCAGAUCUCUGAGGCGGAGAUCCAGCAGUACAGGUCUCAAUAG